AAUAACAAGUAUGUCAAUGGACAAACAGUGCAAAGAUACAUCAAUUUUAAUUGUCGAACAUCUACCAGAUACACCACCGAAUCGUGGCGGUAGUGGUGAUUAUACCCAAUUAAUAGCUUUACAUGAAAAUAAAGCUAAUAAUAACAGUGUUGGGGCCGUUGUAACAACAACCGAACACCCAACUUCAUUAACACCAGAAGUUGGUACAGUCGUUGGCGUUAAUAAUCGAACGCCAAUUCCAUCAUGUCGCAAAUUCACAAUACGUUCAUCCAGAUCAUCAUCUAGAACACAUCAACGGCGAAUGUUGGCUGAUAAAAUACAACAAAUUAUAACGUCAUCAACAAUAACACCACCAAAUACACCAACAAAUAAAUGUAACAAUAACAGUAAUACUAAGAACUAUUAUAAUACGGAUACUGGGAAAUUAUUUGUACGAAAAUCACGGAACCGUCAUAAAUCUCGACGAUCGUUAUCUUUCGAUGGAUCUACUAGAAUGGACAAUCGAGAAUCAUCACUUCAUAAUGACAGAAGUAAUAUUUUAACAAAAGAAAUUGUAAUAAGAAAUGAUAUGGGGAGGAAUACAAAUUCAAAUAAUGGUAAUGAUAAUUGUAAUAGCGACAUCGACAACGAUACUGCCGCCGCCAAUUUGCACAUGAAACAGGCGUCACGACGCGUCGGUUUUAUGUUAAUGUUAAAUGCGUGGCGCCAUUGUCGUGCCCAACUUUGUGAUAUGAUUCAGCAUUCGGUUAAACUCGAAUCACAGAUUGAUCAACAAAGGCUACAAAUUGCUGUUUUACGAGAAUUAAUUAAUACAGAUAAUUUAAGAGUAUCAACGGCAAAUGAAGAAGCAAAAAAGGCACAAGAAGCUGUUCUUGUCGCUGAACAAUUAGUAAAUCAAACACAAGAAGAAAAUGAAGAAUUAAAGAAGAAUAUUAGUACAAUGGAAGAUAAAAUCAUUGAAUACACGACAGAAAUAAAGAAUGAAAAGAACAAUAUAUUAAUGGUUCGAUCACAAGUGAAUGCUUUAGAAAAUCAAUUAACAAAGGAUCGUGAAAAAUUAUCUAGAUUACGAGAUGAUAAAAUGCAUUUAGUUCAUAAGGUGCAACAAAUUGAAGAAAAAUUACAGCAAAAGGAAAUUGAUUUGGAAACGAUAAAAGCUGUUCAUUUACAAUUAGAAGAACGAUUUGACGAGCAACGAAUGAUUAAUGCAGCUUGUAUGGAUGAAAUUGAUACACUUAAUGAGGCUUUAAAAGAAAUGCAACUCAAUAGAGAAAAUUUAGAAGAAAAAUGCAAAGCAUUGGAGAAAAAACUUGAAAUGCGCCAAAGUGAAUUGACAAAUGUACAAACUGAACUACAGAUUGCCAGAGAGGAUGUACAUAAUUUAGCUGAACAUAAUGAUCAAUUGAGCAGAAGUUUACAUGAUACACAAAGUCGUUUACAUUUACAAUGUCAUCGCCCAUGGUGGUCACUUGCUGCCGAACUUGCUACUGGGCCAAUAAGUGCAUUACAUACAGCUGCACGUAUUGCUCUACCAGCACUACCACAAAAUCAUCAAACACGAUUAAUGGAUAGCGAUUCGAAUAAAACUAAUAUAUUUUCUAUGAAUGAAUACAUUUUAAAGGUAACGACACCAGAUAAUAGUUCGGAUGAUGUGGGAUCGUCAUGUUGUUAUUCGGAUUCGGAAUCGUCGCGUACUAUAUCUAAUAAUGAAAACUCUUAUACUACUAUUCAAGAAUUGUGAAAUGAAAAAAAAUUGGUUUAUGGAUUAAUGUAAUCCUCAAGAAAAUAAUAUAUAUUGAUCGCUCUGCACUGUUGAUUUUGUUUCUUAUAAUUUAAGCGUAUAUAAAAUAGGAAACCCUACUACCAUACAUAUUUAUGGGGUUAAGAUUUUACUUUUAAAA